AUGGACAGAAAACAGGAACAAGAAGCACGAACAAAAAGCGGAGUGGAAUGUCAAAGGGUUGUCUCCAGCAAAGACUAUUCUGUCAACAGUACUUUAUCUUACGAUGCAUCAAAAAUUCCAUGCUUCAUUUUCAACUUUGAAGUAGUCAACAGGAAUCCCCAACUCCUCCACAAUCUCACAUUGGGUUAUAAUAUCCAUGACAAAUAUUUUAAUACAUUUGGCACUUCAGAAGCCUUGCUGGACAUACUCUCUACUGGAGAAGCCAAUGUUCCCAACUACAGUUGUGGAAGGAAAGACAAUCUUUUGUCUCUUCUUGAUGCAGCUAAAAGGGACAUCUCCACCCAGAUGUCAACAUUAGUAGGCCCUUACAAAGUCUCACAGAUUAGUUAUGGUUUUGUUUCUGAGGCACUGAGUGAUAAAGGUCAAUUCCCUUUUUUCCACCGAAUGCACCCAAAACAAGGGAUCCAGUACCCAGCAAUUGUCCCACUGCUCCUCCAUUUCAGAUGGACCAUGAUUGGUCUCUUUGCUGCAGAUACAGAAAAUGGAGAGAAUUUCAUCAGGACUUUGACUCCUGUGCUUGUCAGGAAUGGAAUUUGUGUUGUUCUAUCACAACAGUUCUCAACAACUGGAGAUACAGCACCCCUCAAGGAUGCCCUUUCUAAGUGGAGACAAGUCAAUGUCUUUGUUCACUUCAUAGAACAUCCUUCUUUUUUGGAUAGACUUCUUUAUUUUCAUUUACCAUUGGAAAGUUUGCCAGGACCUGUUCAAAGGAAAGUCUGGAUCAUGACACUCUUUUGGCAUUCAGAAAUUCAAUACUACUCUCUUUUCAAAUUUGUCCAUAGUAUUUGGACCUUUGCUUUUCAGAAGAAAAAAAAGGAUAAAGAUGACAACUUUGAACCCAAUAUUUUUGUGCAACACCAAUUUGCAGAUCAGUCCUUUCACUGUUCUUUUUCAAAGCACGUCUUUUCUGUGAAAGACAGGAGAAGAUGCACCCAAAAAACGCCCCUGGAGACCCAAAAGAAAAAGAAUAGUAAAUGGAUCUCAAAUGACCAUGAGGUUUACACUGUCAUUAAGACUCUGGUCUAUGUCUUGAAUGCUGCAUAUUCCUCCAGAUCCAGGAAGAGGAAGGAUGGCAAAUAUAGGUUAGCAGAUCCAAGGCUGCAGCCAUGGCAGUCUCUGCCUCAAUCCAAAUGUGUGGAAAGUUGUCAUCCUGGAUUUGUCAAGUGGGCUCGGGAAGGAGAGCCAGUUUGCUGCUAUGAUUGUGUCCCUUGUCUGCAGGGGACUAUCUCCACUCAGGAAGAUACUGAAAAAUGCACCAAGUGCCCAGAUGAUCAAUAUCCAAAUGAGAAUCGAGUCCAUUGUAUUCCCAAAAGAAUAACCUUUCUGUCCUAUGAUGAACACCUUGGCAUCAUCCUGGUCUCUUUUGCCCUACUCUUGUUCCUAACCACCGGCUUUGUUUUAAUUAUAUUCUUUCAAUACUUAGAAACUUCCAUUGUCAAAGCCAACAACCGGGACCUCUCCUUCAUCCUCCUGGUUUCCCUCCUGCUUUGCUUCUUGUCUUCCUUUUUCUUCAUUGGACAACCAAGCAAAGUCACCUGUCUUCUCCAACAAACCGUGUUCAGCAUUGUCUUCUCAGUAGCUGUGUCUUCUGUGUUGGCCAAAUCAGUCAUGGUGGUGCUGGCCUUCCUGGUCACGAAACCAGGGAAUAGAGUGAAGAGAUGGUUGGGGAAAAGUUUGGCCAACUCCAUCAUCCUUUCUUGUUCUGGUGUCCAAAUUUUCAUCUGCUCCAUCUGGCUGGGAGUUUCUCCCCCAUUUCCUGACUCUGACCUGCACUCUCAGCCUGGAGAGAUCAUCCUUCAAUGCAAUGAAGGGUCUGUCGCUAUGUUUUAUAUUGUUCUCAGCUAUAUGGGUUUCCUAGCAGCCAUUUGCUUCAUUGUAGCUUUCCUGGCCAGAAACCUGCCUGGGGCCUUCAAUGAAGCCAAGCUGAUCACCUUCAGCAUGCUGGUCUUCUGCAGUGUCUGGGUCACCUUCUUGCCCACUUACCUGAGUACCAAAGGAAAGUCCAUGGUAGUUGUGCAGGUUUUCUCCAUUUUGGCUUCCAGUGCUGGUUUACUGGGCUGCAUCUUCUUCCCCAAGUGCUACAUUAUC